GAAGCAUCCCCGCCACCGCCAUUAUCGUAUCUUGCAAUUUGCAAAGUAUCAAAAUCAGAAUCACUGCCCCUCCGUCCUUCUUCUCUUCUCUUUGUUCGUUUCGUCUUUGAUCUUCAGCUUAACUCUACGUUUCUUCACAACAUGGCCACCGCUUCAGUGGCAUUUAAGUCGAGGGAGGAUCAUCGUAAACAGAUUGAGUUGGAGGAAGCACGUAAAGCAGGGCUUGCGCCAGCUGAGCUUGAUGAAGAUGGAAAGGAAAUCAAUCCCCACAUUCCCCAAUAUAUGUCAUCUGCACCUUGGUAUCUUAAUGCUGAGAGACCUAGUUUGAAACAUCAAAGGAAAUGGAAAUCUGAUCCCAAUUACACCAAAUCAUGGUACGAUAGAGGUGCUAAAAUCUUUCAGGCAGAGAAGUAUCGGAAAGGUGCAUGUGAGAACUGUGGAGCUAUGACGCAUGAUGCUAGGUCAUGCAUGGAAAGACCUCGGAAAAUGGGAGCAAAGUGGACAAACAAGUACAUUGCCCCUGAUGAGAAGAUAGAAGCCUUUGAGCUUGACUAUGAUGGCAAACGGGACAGAUGGAAUGGGUAUGAUGCAUCAACUUAUGCUCGUGUCAUUGAGAGGUAUGAAGCUAGAGAUGAAGCUCGAAAGAAGUACUUGAAGGAACAACAGCUGAAGAAAUUGGAAAAGAGCAACCAAAAUGGUGAGGAUGCCUCGAGUGAUGAGGAUGAAAAUGAAGAUGAUCUUAGGGUAGAUGAGGCAAAGGUUGAUGAGAGCAAACAAAUGGACUUUGCAAAGGUUGAGAAGCGUGUGCGUACAACAGGUGGUGGGAGUACUGGAACUGUGAGGAACCUACGUAUUCGAGAGGAUACUGCAAAAUAUCUUCUUAAUCUUGAUGUCGACUCUUCCCACUAUGAUCCCAAGACCAGGUCCAUGCGUGAAGAUCCUCUUCCAGAUGCAGAUCCAAAUGAAAAGUUUUAUUUGGGUGAUAACCAAUAUAGAAAUAGUGGUCAAGCUUUGGAGUUCAAGGAAUUAAACAUCCAUGCAUGGGAAGCAUUUGACAAGGGGCAAGAUGUUCACAUGCAAGCAGCUCCAUCCCAAGCUGAAUUGCUAUAUAAGAAUUUCAAGGUUAUGAAGGAGAAAUUGAAGUCUCAAACGAAGGAAACCAUUGUGGAGAAGUAUGGCAGUGCUGCCGAUGAGGACAAACUUCCGAGAGAACUUCUGCUGGGUCAGAGUGAGAGGCAAGUUGAGUAUGAUCGAGCUGGUAGAAUUAUUAAGGGACAGGAAGCAGCACUUCCCAGGAGCAAGUAUGAAGAAGAUGUUUACAUUAACAACCACACUACUGUUUGGGGCUCAUGGUGGAAGGAUCAUCAAUGGGGCUAUAAGUGCUGCAAGCAGACAAUACGCAAUAGCUAUUGCACUGGCGCUGCUGGCAUUGAGGCUGCUGAGGCUGCAAGUGAUCUUAUGAAAGCUAAUAUUGCUCGGAAGGAGGCUGUCGUAGAGGAUCCUACACCGGUGGAGGAGAAAAGGCUCGCAACAUGGGGAACAGAUGUCCCGGAUGACCUAGUUCUAGAUGAAAAAUUGCUUGCUGACGCACUCAAAAAGGAGGAUCAAAGAAAGAGAGAAGAGAAAGAUGAGAGGAAGCGUAAAUAUAAUGUUAGAUGGAAUGAUGAGGUUAGGGCAGAGGAUAUGGAGGCAUACAGGAUGAAGAAAGUACAUCCCGAUGAUCCAAUGAAGAAUUUCUUGCACUAAACUUGGAGGGAAAAAAAAAGGCCUGCUUCUCUUUCAUUACAAGUCCACAAGAGCCUUUAUGUUGUUUUCUUAUUGUUCAGAAUGGAUUAUCUGUUUGGCAUCCUUGUUCCGUUGGCCUGUAGUGAGAGAAAGAGAAGCAGGAGUGGAACUGUUUGUACAUAUGACCCUAAUGUAAACUGUGUUAUGUAGCUUUUAGAACACUAUUCCGUUUUAAUGAUUCUUUAUUUUGAUCCAGCUCUUCAUGGAUUAACU